UCCCCCCGGGUCGGUUCGGUGCUGCUGGGCCAGGUUCGGGCGCGGAGCGGAACGGAGCAUCGCCGGGUCCCGAUCCGCUACCGCCACCAUGCCGGCCGUUUCCAAGGGAGACGGGAUGCGGGGCCUGGCAGUCUUCAUCUCCGACAUCCGAAACUGUAAGAGCAAAGAGGCCGAAAUCAAACGCAUCAACAAGGAGCUGGCCAACAUCCGUUCCAAAUUCAAGGGAGAUAAAGCCUUGGACGGUUACAGCAAGAAAAAAUAUGUCUGCAAGCUGCUCUUCAUCUUCCUACUGGGCCAUGACAUCGAUUUUGGGCACAUGGAGGCCGUCAACCUGCUCAGCUCCAACAAGUACACAGAGAAGCAAAUUGGUUACCUGUUCAUUUCAGUGUUGGUGAACUCCAACAGUGAGCUGAUCCGCCUCAUCAACAACGCCAUCAAGAAUGACUUGGCAAGCCGCAACCCCACCUUCAUGUGCCUGGCCCUGCACUGUAUUGCAAACGUGGGCAGCCGCGAGAUGGCUGAGGCCUUUGCCUCUGAGAUCCCCCGCAUCCUGGUGGCCGGUGACACCAUGGACAGUGUAAAACAGAGUGCCGCCCUUUGCCUCCUGCGCCUCUACAAGACUUCCCCCGACUUGGUACCCAUGGGCGAGUGGACGUCGCGGGUGGUGCAUCUCUUGAACGAUCAGCACAUGGGGGUGGUGACAGCUGCUGUGAGCCUAAUCGCCUGCCUCUGCAAGAAGAAUCCUGAUGACUUCAAGACGUGUGUCUCUCUGGCUGUGUCCCGGCUCAGCAGGAUUGUGUCUUCGGCCUCCACAGACCUCCAAGACUAUACCUAUUACUUCGUGCCAGCACCCUGGCUCUCUGUCAAGCUCUUGAGGCUUCUGCAGUGCUAUCCUCCCCCAGAAGAUGCAGCUGUGAAAGGCCGUCUGGUUGAGUGCUUGGAGACUAUCCUCAAUAAGGCCCAGGAGCCACCCAAGUCCAAGAAGGUCCAGCAUUCCAAUGCCAAGAACGCCAUCCUUUUUGAAGCCAUCAGCCUCAUCAUCCACUAUGACAGUGAACCCAACCUGUUGGUACGGGCAUGUAACCAGCUAGGACAGUUUCUACAGCAUCGUGAGACCAACCUGCGGUAUCUGGCGCUGGAGAGCAUGUGCACGUUGGCCAGCUCCGAAUUCUCCCAUGAAGCUGUCAAGACGCACAUUGAGACAGUCAUCAAUGCCCUCAAGACUGAGCGAGAUGUGAGUGUACGCCAGCGGGCUGCCGACCUCCUCUACGCCAUGUGUGACCGCACGAAUGCCAAGCAGAUAGUCUCGGAGAUGCUUAGCUACCUGGAGACAGCUGAUUACUCCAUCCGUGAGGAGAUUGUGCUGAAGGUGGCCAUCCUGGCAGAGAAGUAUGCCGUGGACUACAGCUGGUAUGUGGAUACCAUCCUCAACCUGAUCCGUAUUGCUGGGGACUAUGUAAGCGAGGAGGUGUGGUACCGCGUCAUCCAGAUAGUCAUCAACCGGGAUGAUGUGCAAGGCUACGCUGCCAAGACGGUCUUUGAGGCCCUGCAGGCUCCUGCUUGUCAUGAGAACAUGGUGAAGGUUGGAGGUUACAUCCUAGGGGAGUUUGGGAACCUCAUUGCAGGAGAUCCUCGCUCCAGCCCUCUGGUGCAGUUCAACCUGUUGCACUCCAAGUUCCACCUGUGCAGUGUAUCUACGCGAGCCCUGCUUCUCUCUACCUACAUCAAGUUCAUCAACCUCUUCCCUGAGACCAAGGGCACCAUCCAGGAAGUGCUGCGCUCAGACAGCCAGAUCCGCAACGCUGACGUGGAGCUGCAGCAGCGAGCCGUUGAAUACCUUAAGCUCAGUUCCAUCGCCAGCACUGAUGUUUUGGCCACAGUUCUGGAGGAAAUGCCUCCAUUCCCUGAACGUGAGUCAUCCAUCUUGGCUAAGCUCAAGAAGAAAAAGGGCCCUGGAGCUGGGAGUGAACUGGAUGAUGGCAAGAAGGACCCCAACUCUGAGAUCAACGGGGGCAUGGAGCCUUCAGCCAGCACUGCUUCUACGCCGUCCCCAUCUGCUGACUUGCUAGGCCUCCGGGCAGCUCCUGUUGCCACUUCCAGUGCCCCUGCUACUGCUGGCAACCUUCUGGUGGAUGUUUUCUCUGACAGCCCCUCAGCCACAACUGGCCUCGUGCCCGGUGCAGAAGAGAACUUCCUUAGCUCAGGGGCUGCCGCUUCUGUCUCUGAGGACCCCGCUUUGCCUAUUGCUGAGGCUGAUGAACUGCUUAACAAGUUUGUGUGUAAGAAUAACGGAGUGCUCUUUGAGAACCAGCUUCUGCAAAUUGGGGUGAAAUCUGAGUUCCGACAGAACUUAGGCCGAAUGUAUCUCUUCUAUGGAAACAAAACAUCUGUUCAGUUCCAGAGCUUCACCCCUACAGUCAGCUACCCAGGAGACCUGCAAAGUCAGCUCAACAUUCAGACGAAAACGGUGGAGCCCCUGGUGGAAGGGGGUGCUCAGGUUCAACAGGUCCUGAACAUCGAGUGUCUGAGUGACUUUACGGAGGCCCCCCUCAUCAACAUAAAAUUUCGGUACGGUGGAACGCUGCAGAAUCUUACACUCAAGUUGCCUAUCACUGUCAACAAGUUUUUCCAGGCAACAGAGAUGCAAUCACAGGAUUUUUUCCAGCGCUGGAAACAACUCAGCCUGCCACAGCAGGAAGCCCAGAAAAUCUUCAAGGCAAACCAUGCCAUGGAUUCAGAGGUGACCAAAGCCAAGCUGCUAGGUUUUGGCAGUGCCCUCUUGGAGAAGGUAGAUCCAAACCCUGAUAACUACGUAGGAGCUGGGAUCAUCCAGACAAAGGCGCUGCAGGUUGGAUGUUUGCUGCGUCUGGAGCCCAAUGCCCAGGCUCAGAUGUACCGGCUGACCCUCCGCACCAGCAAGGAGUCCGUUUCGAAGCACCUUUGUGAGCUGCUUUCUCAGCAGUUCUGAGGCGUUGGCAGCACCAGAGGAGGGAAGGGAGAAGGCUGUUCCUGCACACUGGCUGCCUCUGUUUGUCCCCUCUGGUUCCCCUCUGAACCAGGGGCCUCUGGAAAGACUGUAUUGCUCCCCGCCUGUUGUCGUGAUAACCUCUGUGUUCUCGUUGCCUAGCCCGGGCCAGCACCAAGGGGGGAUAAGCAAGGAGGGAGCAAAAGAAAAGCAGUCCUCGGGAUGGAUGAAGUACAAUUGGGGGUGGGUGGGCGGAGAUGACGCAUGUUGGUCAUUCCUCCAGGAGUAGUCUUCCUCUUGCCUGAAGGGUGGCCCUUGGACGAAGCCAGGAUCCCUCCCACCUGUAGGCCUGGUCCAUUCCCUCUCAGGCUGAGGCUGCAAUUUGUGGUCUUAAUCCUCACACCCUCCCACACCCUCCGGUAUGAUUUUAGGCUGGCAGUUUUGGUUUUGUUUACAAUAUUAACCCCUUCUUUUCCAUCCAUAUCCUUCCUUCAGGGAGGGGGAGGUGGUGAAAACACAUCACCUAUCCCGUAUCCUUUUGAGCUGGCUGGAGGGAGGAACGGGAGGGGGGAAAGAAUGCUUGUAAGGGUUUUUUUGUGUGUGUUUCUUUGCCUUGUGUAUUUUCCUCUGUGGGGGGUGGGGUUGCAUUCUCCCUUACUUUUGUCAUGGACCAUUCCAGUGUUACAGUGUGUGUAUUUUGUGGGGAAGUAAUCGGAUUCUUCACACAGGCCUGCCUUCCUGUUCUCUUGCCCCCACCCCCAAAGGAAAGUAAGCUGCACAGUGGUGAAAGGUGUAGUGGGGAGGGAGGGAAGAUUUGCUUCCCCAGUCCCAGCCAUUUUAGUGGAUCCUUAAGAAGCUGUAAAGUUGGGAAGGAAGGGAGACAGAUUCUGGAGUCCUGCCCUCAGUGCAUCUUGGGGAAAAGGGAAUGGGGAGGGGAAGGGGUAGGGUUCAGUUCACGCUAGUUUGGGGGUGUCCCAGUUUCCCGUGCUGGCCCGGGCUCCAUGUUACUCUGCUGUGUAGGUGUUAUCUAGCGCAUCUUAGUUUUAAUCUGGGUUUUUGAAUGCCUGUAUCUUAUCUCCAUGUGACUCUAAUAAAGCCGUGGGGGCGGGGGAGAGCCAGAAUCAAGCCAGGCUGGGCCACCCCCACACCGCUGACUGA